GCAGCCAGUACGCAUCGUGGCUCGGCCACGUGCUUCUCGUGGUUUUUAUGCUACUCUACGUCAUCGAUGUCCUCUAUUUUAAGAAAAAUAAUGUUCUAAUUAUUCAUACGAUUGAUUUAUUUCAUCGACUAUUCGUGUUAUUUUAUUUUCUUACGUUUUUUCAUUAAAAAAUACCGAAUGUGAUUAUACCUAUAUAUUUGAUAUUCAUGACGUUAUUUCAAGAUGUUAUUCAAAAAUAAUUGGUGGACAUUGCUCGAAAAAAUUCGGUGGAAUUCCUUUUUAAUUUCCAUAUUUACUACCGAAAUCGAUCAAUCGUCGUGACCACGUGCCUCCAAGAAUCAAUCGAUGAACUUAGUGCCGAUGAAUUAGCGAUAGCAUUGCAAAAUGACGCACGACGCACGCACACGCAAGAAAGAAUCGGUUCAUUCGAUCUCUCACAAAGAGACCUCGUUCGAUUGCUCGUGUCCCACAGGAUACUCGUGUCAUCAGCAUGUCAUUCAUAGAUUCGUUAAUGAACUUAUACAAUCUCACCGAACUGCUCCGAUUUUUUUUGUGCCGUGUGCCGUAUGGACCACGUUCCAUCCAAUUAAUCGUAAUCAGUCUCCAAUAUCGAUAAUCUCUUGAGUCGUUUCAAUCUUUUGGAGGAUAUUUGUAAAAAGGAUAACGAGAAGAUGAGUGAUUAGGAUGAAUUGAUGGUCCGUUCAAGACGUUGUCGUAGGAAAGUUCGGUGCCAGGACAUCAUGAAGCAACGAGUCCUACUCGCUUUUGCCAAUCUUAUCACUUCUUUCACUUCUUUUCUUGUAACGACCGGUGCAAAAACGUCGACGAGGCAUAGAACGCAAAGUAACAAUCAUAGCAACAUCAGUGAAUUACUCGACAAUCUUCUUCGUGGUUACGACAACAGCGUGAGACCAGAUUUUGGUGGACCACCAGCGACGGUCGAAGUUGACAUCAUGGUCCGUAGCAUGGGUCCUAUCUCCGAGGUCGACAUGACGUACUCGAUGGACUGCUAUUUUCGACAGUCAUGGGUAGAUAGACGUUUAGCGUUUCAAGGUGGGAAGGAAACACUCGCUCUCAGCAUAUCGAUGUUGGCAAGAAUUUGGAAGCCCGACACAUAUUUUUAUAAUGGCAAACAGAGCUAUCUCCACACCAUCACUAGCCCAAACAAGUUCGUCAGACUUUAUCAGGACGGAAGGGUACUCUACAGUUCGCGACUCACGAUCAAAGCUGGAUGCCCGAUGAACCUUGAAGAUUUUCCCAUGGAUACGCAAAGAUGUCCCUUGAAAUUUGGUAGUUUUGGAUACACGACUCGCGACGUCAUCUACAAAUGGAACAGCGCGAGACAAGUCGCCAUAGCAGAGGACAUGAAGCUUUCCCAAUUCGAUUUAGUCGCAAAUCCUACUGCGAAUCACUCUACGACCCCACCCUUGUCUCAUGCGGAAUACUCGAUGCUUUUGGUAUAUUUCCACCUGCAGAGACACAUGGGUAACUUUUUAAUACAAGUUUAUGGUCCUUGCAUUCUUCUGGUAGUACUCUCUUGGGUCUCCUUUUGGUUGAACAGAGAAGCUACCGCCGAUCGAGUGUCCCUUGGUAUCACGACUGUGCUGACUAUGACCUUUUUAGGAUUGGAAGCUAGAACGGAUUUACCAAAAGUACCCUAUCCCACUGCCUUGGAUUUUUUCGUCUUUCUUUCUUUCGCCUUCAUUUUUGCCACGAUCAUUCAAUUCGCUAUAGUACACUAUUUCACUAAAUAUGGAUCGGGCGAGUGUUAUUUCAGUUCUGAUCUAAGCGACACCGAAAGCAGUUCCAGCGAAAACGAGGAAAUCUCGCGAUCACCGUCCAAGCGCGAAACGAGUCGCCGAAAGAAUUCUGGUAAUUCGAUUCCCGGAAGUAGCCAAAAUUUCACGGUGAACGAUGAUGGUUUCAUCGAGGUGAUACCCUUGUCUGCGAUUCCUGAUCGGGAACGAACUAUCGCUCAUUGGCAAUUACCCUGCAUUUCUUGUUCUCCAUCAGUGAGCCAUCCUCGUCGAGAGAGUUCUCAUCAAACAGUUUCAAUUCCGAUGCCAAUACCACAGCCUCAGCCUCAACCUCAGACUCAGCCUGAGCCUCAACCUCAGCCUAUAUCUCAGUCUCAAUCACAGGCACAGUCACAGCUUAGGAAAUCUCCCUCACCCCAAAGAGUUGGUUCUCCGAACAAAAGAAUUGCGCCGAGAAAAAGACGAAGACGGACACCGAAAUAUAACUCAGUUUCAAAGAUCGAUCGUGCCAGUCGCGUCGUUUUUCCUCUCUUUUUUCUCGCGAUAAAUGUCUUCUACUGGUACGCUUAUCUUUCUAGAAGUGAGCGUAUCAAUUAUUAUAAUUCGAAUCCCAACGGUGCGUGAUAAGAUGAGAAGGAGCCUACACUCGCUCCAAUUUUCAAUUGCUAUCGAUCUUGCAAAAGAUAUAUAAGAGAGAAUCGAAUAGUAGAAUCUCUUGGAAAAACGAUAAUGUUUUAGAAUCAAAUGCUUUACCGAAAAAUGUUCCUCUUACGAAUAUUUAUAUGUAAAUACGCAUAACCCAUAAAUAUGAAUUUAUAAAUCCUAGUUGUACGUUCUCCUUCUUUUGUUUGAAGCGAAAAUUAAUCGGAACACCUGAGCUUUCUGACCUCAAUAUGGUUUAAUCGUUGUCUCAAGUAUUCCUUUUAAAAAUAAGUGGUUGUAUAUACAUAUGUUUUUUCAAACUUGACCUCAAACGUAAGAGCCAUUAACACCAAGAAAUAUGAACACAAUUCGAUUAGAAAAAAACUCGUACAAAAUCUUUAUGAUCGUAUUUCUUUUUUCAAACGUUAUUACAAAAUUAUCUAUCAUCAUAGAUUGAAUUAUCAAUCAAGCAAAGAACUGAUUUGAUAUUAUUAAAAGCUCGCUGAAUAAUAACAUUACUUUAAUAGUAUUGUGCACAAAUAUACGUUAUAUUCGUAAUAGCAACAGGUGACCUAUCCAUUUUCUUAUGUGUAAUAGGUAUAUGUAAUGUGGUUUCGAAAGAGCUCAUAAACCUUGGCAUCCAUUGUUAAAAGCCAUAACAAACUUCCUUAACAUGUUUGCAAUGCUAUUAAGAUUAUUUUCACCACAGAAAAUUUUCUUUCGAACUUAAGAUUCUCGAACUAAUGCGGCUAGAGUUUGUCUCGCUCGGAAAAUGUAUACGUGUGUUGUUCAUUUAUUAUAAUCUAGACGUCUCCGCUGAAGUAUUACAUUAAAUAUUGAAUAAUCGAUACCCUUGUGUUUUCAUUUCUUUAUAAUACAAUAUAUGUACAAUGGUGCUUUAUUAUUGAACAUUACAUAAAAUAUUGCAUAAACGAUAAUAAAGUAUAACAAAUUAAUUGUUAUCGUACAUAGAUUGAAGUUUUAAGACACUUAAUACACAAAGAUAUUAAUUUAUUUUAUUUAAAUGUUUGAUUUUUAAAUUCUAUAUAACUUUUUUUAAACAUCCUAAUUUAUCAACAUGCCUCGACUACUAGUACAUACACAUCAUUAAUAUUUUAUAUAUUAGAACAAAAAUAAGAUCUUAUUUUGCAAUAAAAAUAUUGUUUAUGUCUGUGCGUUAACAGAUAAAUUUUUUAGCUCAUUAACUAAUAUUGACAUCAAGUUCUUUUACUGCUAUUAUAUAACCGCUAAUAUAACGAAAAGAAAAAUCAAUUACAAGAAAAAAUCGGAAUAUGAUGGAAUUAUUCUUAGAGAUUUCACAACAAAAUAAAGAUCUCUGUUCAUGUUUGUAAUAUAUAAACUUCUUUCCAAUGGAAUCUAUCGACAAAUCAUAUUAAAAAUGUUAAUUGUUUUUAAUCUAACAGUUAUUCUCAAUUAUUUGACAAAACAUGGAACACAUCUAAUAACUGAUUGGUAUAAAAAUCAGGUAUCGCGAGGUCAUCUUGUAUUUUCUCAGAUGCUAUAAUAGAUUCUAUCUCGGACUUUGUAGUCACACCUGAUAAUACAAGUAAUGUCUUGAAACCACAACGUUUUCCCAAAAGAAUAUCGGUCUUAAGGCUGAAAUAAUUAAAUUUUUUUUUACAACAAUUUUUGAAUUCAAUUAAUUAAAUAUUUUUUAAUAUUUACUUAUCCCCGAUCAUCAAUGUUCUUUCAGGAUUUAAGUUAUAUUUCUUUUUAAUAUAUUCGCUUAGGAAUGUUUCUGGUUUCCCAAGCAUUAUGGCAGAUCUAUUGCUAGCUACUUCAACAGCUUUUAUAAAGCAACCACUACCUGGAUAAAGAUGAAAAUAACGUAACACUUUGUUUGUUUUCCACAUAAAGAAAUAAAUAAAACAUGCAUACUGUUAAAACAUGCAUAAUGUUACCUGGGUAUUUAUUUGUAUUUGGAGAAGGUCUGUCUGUAUCACAAUUCGUUCCAAUAAAAUGAACAUUAGGAUUUGCUAAAUAAGUAGUGGCUUUUAACAAUUUUGGAUAACUAAAAUAUUUAUCGAAACCUAUAAUUACAGCACCUAUAUCUGGAUCUGGUUUAAACUCUUUUACUAAAUCCAAUUCAUCUCCUUCCAUAGCAUCAGGCUAUAUAACAAUAUGGUAUAUAUAUUGUCUUAUAUUUCAAUAAAGUAUGAAAUCAACUGUUAUACCUAAUGUUUGUAAUAACUUACUCCGAUACCACAAUGCUUGAUGCCUACUUCUUCUAAUUCCUUACCAAUUGCGGUACUUCCAAUUAUAUAAGCUGUUUUCUUAAACUGUUUUUCUUUAAGAUAAACUGCUGCUAAAAAUGAUGUACAUACUAUAUCAUCCUAAAAAGAAGAACUUUAUAUAAACAUAAAUAAGAAUAUAAAUAUAUGUAAUAAAAUAAUAGAAACAAAGAAAGUAAAAUGUUUUAGUAGAAACAAAAAUUUUCUUUUUGUUAACGAUACUCACUAUAGUUGCUUUAUAACCAAAUCCUUUGCAUUUUUCUACAAAUUCAGGUCUCGUUCUCGUGUUAUUAUUUGUUAUAUAAAAAAAUUUUUUCUUUAAUUCUAUAAGUUUAUUCACAGUUUCAGGUGAUCCUGUUAUCACAUCAUUUUCUUUCCAUAAAACACCUUGACACAUUAUUUGUUAUUUUAAUAUUAGUAAUAAAAAAAUCGAUUAUUUUUAAUAUUACAUAAAUAUUGUAAAUUUUCUACAUUAAUUUUUAAAUAUAUUACCAUCACAAUCCGAUAAAACAAUGUCAAUAGAAUUUAGGAAGCUUUCCAAUGUAUCUUUGGAUAAUGAUGUCAAUUGUUUUGGUGACAUUAUGGAAACACCUAUAUUUCGAUAUUUAGAUGGAAUGAAAUUGAUUUUUGCGUAGAGACAUAUGACUCUUAUCAGAAUAAUUUUACUAGAACAAACUUAAAUGUUAAAUCCUAAUAUCUAGCACUACAUUGCUCGACUGCAUGCCGAGCAUUAACGAAAUAACCUUGACUGUGGAACGUUAUGUAAUCAUAUGAUAUAUAUACUAAGAUUGAGUGCAAUCCAUUAAAAAGCAGUUGAGUAUAACUUGUGAUAACUAUAUCAUACUAUCAACGAAAUAAUAGCUCUUAACUAUCAUAUCCUCACUUUUGAUAGAUGGCAGUUUAUUCUUAACUUACAUAAUGUUCUGAUUGAUUAUAGCUCUAUAUAGUAUUGUUUUGUAUUGUUCGUUAAAACUGAUAAACUUCAAAGAUUUCUCAUAAUAAUAAAAAAUUAAUAUAAAUAUAUAAAAAAGUUAUACCGUGUUUAAUUUGUAAUAGAUUAUUGGUUGAACGUUUUAAUAUUUUUAACAUUAUAACUUUAUUUUCUUCCUUCAAAAAAGAAAGAAAUCUUUUGUUAACCCUUUGAGUUCUAUGGGCGCACAUAUGCGUCCAACGAAAGCUAUCGAUAUAGAAUACGGACGCAAAUACGCGCUCGGCAGAUGCUAUCAGUAUGGCCUAUAGACGCAAAUACGCGCCUGGCAAAAAUGAUCAGUGUACUAUGAUCAAAUAUAUGUUCGGCAAAAUAUAUAUAAUUAUAUAUAUAAUUAUAAUAUAUAUAUUAUUAAUUAUAAUAUAUAUAUUUCUUAAAAUUUAUAUAUUUUAAGCCUUUCCAUGAUUAUAUAAUCCUUCUUAUGAUUUGUUUAAUUUUCUGAUUUUGAAUAUCCAAAUACAUUAUAAUUAUCAAAUUACGGGGAUUUUAAAUUCUAGCAGGUGAGUAAACAAUAUAUAUUGAAAAUAAAAAUGUUUUCAUUCAAUGUAGAAUAGACAACGGAAUAGUAAUUGGAUUGUAUACUAUAUUAUAAUGUAUCAUACACCGUCGACGAGAUCCAUCUACGCAAAAAAGCAUUCAGUCCCCGGCGAUCGUCAGCGCCAGUCACGCACCGUCCGUACGGACUGCAUAGGCCACGAGUAUUCAGCACUCAAAAGGUUAAAGUCUAGGUUAGAUAGACUAUUUUUAAACUGAUUGAUAUCAAUAAAAAAAGAUAUAGAUAUUUUAAUCUUUAAAUAAGCUAAAAUUCCAUUUAAUGUUUUAUUAGUAGAAAAUAUGAUGUUUAUAUCAUAAAUGAUUUAUAUUAAGAAUUGAAGUAUAUUAACUAGUCUAGGUUAGAUGGUCUAUUUUUAAACUGAUUGAUACCAAUAAAAAAAGAUAUAGAUAUUUUAAUCUUUAAAUAAGCUAAAAUUCCAUUUAAUGUUUUAUUAGUAGAAAAAAAUGAUGUUUAUAUCAUAAAUGAUUUAUAUUAAAAAUUGAAGUAUAUUAACAAAUUGUAUUUAAAUUUUACCAGUUCAUAAAUUUUUUUUUUAUUUAGAGGUAAAUAAUUCUAUAUAAUAUAAAAGGUCUCCUAAUGCAUCAAUAUAGUAGUCAGGAACAAGCUCUUUUUCUUCUGGCUUAUCUGACUGCUUCCACUGUUCUACUUGCUGUAAAUUGGUAACUCCUGUUAAGACAAGCAAUGUUUUAAAACCAUAUCUAGUCCCAAGCAAAAUAUCAGUAUUGCAUCUGUCUCCUAUCAUAAGAGUCCUUGCAGGAUUUACAUUAUAUUUCUCCUUUAAAAUAUUAGCUAUAUAAGGUUCAGGUUUGCCCAUUAUAAGAGCUUUUCUUUCUGCACAACUUUCUAUACAACGAACUAAACUUCCUGUACCUUUAAUAAGAAUUUAAAUGAUUAUUUUUACAUAUUCAUAAUUAAUAUUUAAAUAUAUAAACAAAUUAAAAAUUUAAUCUUCACCAGGUACAACAAUGUUUUGUGCAAGUGGAAAUCUUUCAUCAGUAUUUGUUCCAAUAAAAUGUACAUUUGGAUCAUUUAGAUAUGUUGCUGCUUUAACCAUUUUUGAAUAACUAAAAUGUUCAUCAAAUCCUACAAUUACAGCUCCAACUUCAGGAUCCUUAUUAAAUAUUGUAUAUGAACAUGGUAUGUCCGGAUUGAUGACAUCUGGCCCUACUCCAUAAUGUGAAAUACCAACUUUUUCUAAUUCUUUUGUUAUUGCUACAAUUUGAGAACAAUACUAGAUAAAACUAACUAAACAUAUUUAAAUAGAAAACUAAGAUUUCAUAGAUUAAUGAACUGUAUAUAUUCAAAGAUUAUCAAUUGAUAAUAUGUCUUACCUUCAGAGCCAAUAACAUAAACUUUCUUAGAAAAACCUAACUUAUGUAGAUAUUUAGCAGAUAAGUUUGCAGUACAUAAAAUAUUAUCUUUUGAAGCUUCAAAUUCUAAUAUUUUACAUUUAUCCAUAAAUUCUUCUAGUGUUUUUGUACUAUUAUUGGUAAUAUAAAAGACUCUAUUUCCCAAAGCAUGGAGCUUACUUAUUACAGCGGAUGCAUUCUUCAAAGGUGUCAUAUGCAUCCAUAAAACACCUUCAAUAUUUAUAUAUAUGCAAUUACAAAUAUAAAAUUCAGUUAUAAACAAAUUCACUCACCAUCACAAUCUGUGAGGACAGUGUCGAAAGAAUUGAAGAAUUCAAUAAUCUCCUCCUUGUUCAAUGUUUUAAAAUUCACAGCUGCCAUUUUAUCUGAAAAAAAGGUUUAGUAAUUAAAAUAAUAUAAAGAAAUAAAAUAACCUCAAUCUUUCUCUACGAUUAAUACAAUUUAUCAAUGCUACCAAUUACAGUCACCAAUGCAACAACUGAUAAAAAUACUGGAAAUAAAUCGAUCGAAUAUUAUUAUUUAAAUAAAGUUUUCGAAUAUAAAAUGAUUAUUAUCUGAACUUAAUUUUUAUAUAUAAUAAAUCUUAAAUCUUACGUAUGUAUACAUUUCUAAAGAAAAAUUUUUUAUAGGUUAAAUAUUCAGAAGAUUAUGUUUUUUUUUUGCGUGUCGUACGUUAACUAAUAUAAUAUCUUCUUACACUUUUUCUCGCAUACGAAUAACUAUUUGACAAACUUGUUUUCUUCUUAGAUUACACCAAUAUUUUAAUUUCUAAUCUUUAUUUAUUUUAACCAUACUUUUUGCUUCUAACUAAAAAUCUUUUGGAAAUACACUAUUUUAAAAUGAAAUCGUAAAAAGUUUUAUUGAAUAUUAUCAAAUAUAAUAUAGAACGAAUAAUAAGAGAUACAGUUGAUUCACUUGCAAAACGAACGAAAACAUUAAUUCCAAUUAACGAUUGAACCUGGUACUAGCAAAUUUUGUAAAGAUAUAUCGAAUACUUAUCUAUUUAAAACAAUGUACAUAUUUUAUUAAAUGAAAUUUUUUAUUAAAAAUUAGUGAGUACAAUUAGUAAGAGAGGUAUCAUGGUACUGAUUCAUGUUUCCUGUCAAGAAUAUGUUAAUAUAACAACGAUUUAUUUAAAAAGUUGUCAUUUUUUAUUAUCGCACAUUAUUUUCUUAUUAUUAUAUAUCUCAACUUGCAUCUAUGCAGGAAUCAUCGACAAUAUCAGUUUUCCUUUCCAAGAGUUCCUUUUCUAUUUGAUGAGUAAAUACUAUUCCAGCCAGAGUUGUUACCAUACUCUUCCUAGGUAUGCCAGCAUCUUUUCUUUUUCUACGUUGAGAUUGUUUAGGUAUUUUUUUCUUUAUUUUACUUUCGUGUAUUCGCUUAUGUUCUAUUAAUUUUUGUUUUGAUGAUAACCCUACUUUACAUAUAUCACAAAUAAAUCUCUGACCCAAGUGACAAGUUUUUAUGUGAUUUUUCAAAUUAGAUUCAAACAAAUACGAUCUUUUACAAUCUUUAUAUGGACAAGGUAUUAGAAGUCUAGAUUUUUCAUGAAUUUUGGAAUGGAUUUUUAAACGAGUUUUAGUUGAAAAUGCUUUCUCACAUUGAUCGCAUUUAUAAUCUGCAAAAAUACAAAAUAGACAUUAAUUGUAACUACAGUAGAUAACUUUAUCAAAAUAAUUUUUCUUUUAUAUAUACAUUUUCUUAUUAUUAUAAUAUAAUGCAUACCAUUAAUAUGGUGUGUUUUUUUAUGUUUACAAAGUAAAGCCCAUUUAUCAAAAACUUCAGAACAUUGUAGAAUUUGACAAGGAUAACUUUUCUGUCCUUUUUCAUGCAUUGUUUCAUGACGUUUCAAUCGUUUUAUAUUUAAGUAUCCCUUAUUACAUUUACUGCAUUUGUAUGAAGUCACAUCAAAAUGUACAGCAAUAUGCUGAACUAAUUGAUGCUUUUUACUAAAUACUGCAUUACACUCAUUACAUGUUAAAAUGUUAUCAUUAUUAUGUACACGUGUAUAAUGACGUUUUAGAUUAUGAUAAUUACUGAUCAUUAGAGAACAUUUGCUACAUCUAAAAAUAAAAUUAUAUUAUGAAAUAUACAAAAUUUAUUUUACAUAUAUGAAAUAUUAUGUGAAAUAUUAUAUGAAAGACAUACUUACUGUAAUCUUUUCUUUGUAGGAUUAUGCACUUCCAUAUGUCUUUUCAAAUGACUAGAAUUAGUAUAAGCUUUGAUACAUUCAGGAUAAUCACAUUUAUAAGGCCUCUAAAAUGUAUAAUGAAAAUUAAAAUUUUUUAGCUAUUACAAUAUAUACGAAACUAAAAGAUAUAUUUAAAAAAUAUUACUUCUCCUGUAUGUAAUCUUAUAUGUCUGUCUAAUCGAGACUGCUUAAAAUAUGCUGCAUUACAUCCAGUAUGUUUACACACAUAUUUUUUAUCACUUUGUUCACUCUUAGUAGAAAUAUUUUGAAUACUAUCAGAUUUAGUAAAGUUUAAUGUUUCAUUCAGAAUUUUUGGUGGACUUUU